ACUGAACGAGAGAAAGAGAACGUAGGAAGAUCCGAGACGUCUCUGGCCGUUGACUGUAGCGCUCUUCGUACGUACCUACGCGUAUCGUACGUACGUCGUGGUGUUGUGCCGUUGUUGUAUCGCGUCGCGUGAGGAACGCGUCGUGCCGCUGAUCUGCGCGCGCGUACAGAUACAUUCGCGUGUUCCUGAAUUGCGCGCUAGGAGCACGUAGCGUUCUUCUUCCUUGCUUCCCCGCUAGCAAGCUCGCAUGCUCGCACGUAAAUUUCGUAUUUUGUGACUUAUUUGCACAACGAAGAAAUGGCUAGUAUCGGCAAAAGAACACUUUUACGUGAUGUCAAUCCACAUCUAAUCUGUCCACUAUGCCGAGGCUAUCUUAUAGACGCCACAACCGUAGUAGAGUGUUUACACUCUUUUUGUAGAAGCUGCAUCUUGAAGUAUCUUAGCACUGCAGCGUACUGUCCAUCGUGCAAACAUGCGAUCAACAAGGCGAAGCCAAAUAUCAAAGCUGACAAGGCAUUACAAGAAAUUGUAUAUAAAUUGGUGCCCGGAUUAUACCAUAGGGAAAUGUCAAAGAGAAGAGAAUUUUAUAAGAAGCAUCCUGAACAUGCAAACUCAACAACGCCGGAGCAACGUGGCGAGGAUGUAAGCGGACGUUUAAUAUUUAAUCCAGAGGAUGUAGUGAGUUUGAGCUUGGAGUACUUAUCGCCAGGAGUAGAUCCGUUGACUAUAUUGAGCACCAACGACAUGGAUACAAACAACUCAAACAGUACGAACAGUACUAGCGAUAAUGACAGUAAUUACAACGGUAAUGUUACUAACAACAGAAGAUAUCUGCAAUGUCCGGCUCUGGUGACUGUCGCACAUCUCAAGAAAUUUAUAGCGAUGAAAUACAGCGUUGACGUAACGAGAUACACUAUCGAAAUUUGUCAUCGACGCGCGCCACUUCCCGAAAACUGGACUCUCAUGGACGUUGCUUAUAUUUACGCGUGGAAAAGGAUUGCACCAAUGAGGUUUUUCUAUCGAGUGGCGCAAGAGGAACAAAGACUCGAAGCACCGUUGCAUCAAAGACCAUCGACUCCGGGACUCGGAGCUCGGGAUUGUUUGCCACCGAAUGAGGCGCUGAACGACAGUAACAUAGGGAGUAAUUCCAUUAAUCAUUUGGAAACUUCUAAAUUAGAGGCUAAAUCUGCUAGCUACAGUAGUGUUGAGACAGUACCAGCAAAAGAUUUGAAUAAGAUUUCCAAUGACAAGAUAAUCUCAUCCGUGGAUCACAAGCAAACGACGUUAACAGUCGAGAAAGCUGAAGCAAACAAAGUGACAAUGACGACUGUGCCCGCAACGCCGUCGAUCGCAACAUUAACGACAACAAACGCCACGAGUAUGCUGACCACAACAGCGACGAGUGCGUCUGCUUUACCAGGAACGAAUACGUCCUCCUCGAUGACGGGCAACGAUUCGAAUAAGCAGAUAAAGAGUCCAAUUAAGAUAAUGAAGAAUCCAGACGGAAAAUACGAGGUGCAGAAAAGUCCGUCCGCCGCUGCCGUAACGGAAGUCAAGAGUCCUGCGAAUCCCGAGUUCAGUGUCGUGAAUACCGAUGGUGUAAAGCUAACGCUGAAGUGUUCGCCGCCGCAGAGUAAUAACGCGAAAAAACCGAAAGUCAUCAGCAAUGUUUUAUUGCGUUGCGGCCAAGUGGAGAAAGAUACGUCGCAGCCGUCGAGCGCGUUAAUGAUCCAGCAAUUGCAGGAACAAGAUAAAGACAAACUUAUCACUAAUCCGAUAUCGCCGGAUAAACAGGAAAAGCAACGCCGUAAAGUAACGUUUGUGGAUCGGUCUCCGACGUCCGAGAAAACUACCUCUCCAACUACCAGCGUUACCAUGCCGAAAACCGCAUUGAAGAAACCAGCAGAGCAGCAGGACAAGAAGCAGUUCCUACAAGGUUUCCAGUUGACCGCUAGAGAACCAGCGAUGCCGAAUGAUAGUAAAUUAAAGUCUCCCGUUCGAGACAUUAGUCUCGCGAGCACCGUUAAAUCCUUUCAAAAGAGUAAUGCGACACCGAAGAUGGAAGAGGCCUCUAAGAAAGCCACUGACGAAAUCAAGAAAAAGAAUAACAUUGAAAACACCGGCUCGAAUGCAAAUAGUAGCGCUAUCACGACAAAUAUGAUGGCGAAACGCGUUGCUGGAGUACCUGCCAGCUCACGAGCGUACACGCAUAAAACCGAUGACGCGGAUGGACACUCUUGUAAUUCAGGAACGAGUCCAAACAGCAUGAAUAUCGCGAGCGGAAACCAUGCCGCCAAGACAGACGUGUAUACCUUCUCCAGCGAUCCGCCGAUUGUUCCAGCUGGAGCGGUUAAGAGAAAAUGUCCACCGGGGGUACCGAUCGCCGACCUGAAGCGUCGAAAAGCACCGCAGCUCGCGCAAAGACAGGAGACUAACAAGAGGCAAAACGUUUCCCCGUAUAAUUCUGCUAACAAGCCAUCGCGUACUCCUUCCACAGAACAUGUUCCUAUAGGCAGAGCGAUCAGUAUGGUGGGAGAUCACGACGCCGGAUCGAGCCGCGUAUCCAACGUGAAUAACACGAAAGCGUCGACUAGUCCAUUGUUUACAAAUGACACUAGAGAUUUGUUAGUGGAUGGCUAUGGCUUGAAUAUCCCGGCGAGUUUGAGCAUAACACUGACUUCACCCAAGUCUCCGGCAUCUUCCGGACAGUUUGUCGAAUCCAACGAUUCCACCGAUAAUACGCGAAAGGUCGCGUUGGGCAAAGUAAAUCCGAGCAUCACAUUGAACGACUGUUCGGUCGAUCCGCGUGUACUGAAGGCUCUGAAGACUGGACAGAUCAGAAUGCCAACUACUCCGCCGAAGGCUGCUAAAUCAGCAAUAGCGGUAACGGCGACAACAGCGGCAGCGGCGAAGCAGACGAUGACUACGGCGACGACCAAUCGUGGAGAGGCGUCGAGUCAACAACGUAUGGCAACGCAUACCGCCAAACGGAAAAGAGAACGUGAACCGUCCACCAGGGAUAUUCUGGACUUGAGCGGGGGCAAUAAAAAGAUGGACAUGCAUCCACUGAGAAUCCCACAGCCGGUGGCAAAACUUAACAAGACUAAUAAAGUUAUGGCAGGCAGAGAUAAUAUGCAACCGGGAGGCAUUCUUAACCAGGGCCAAGUGGUGACGCUCAUGAGCGGUCACAAGUAUUACCGAGCGCCGCCAGGCUCUUUGACACCUGCCGCUCAUCGCGUCAACGAUUUCCCGCUACCGCCAUCGUCGUCGCGUGCACCUGUCUAUGCGCCGUCUUUUGGUAGUAUGAAUCGACCAAACUCAGAUCUCUCGUCUGUCUUCCCGAGCUUGCCGAGUCUCUACGCUCUCCAUCAUACGCCGAAUUUUCAGCAGUUUCAAAUAGAUGCAAUACGGAUGAGAUUGCCGUCGCGACCCGUUUCAGAUAGUGGAGUAACGUCUGCGAUUGGAAGCGGUGAUAAUGUUAAUUCCAAUAUUAGUGGUGUACCGGGAAAGAGUCAUCUGGCCGCUCAGUGUGCACCCAUUAAGCCCGCAAGAUCUUCCGUGGCAUCCUUAGCGGUUCCCAUCAACAAGCAACAACUUGCCGAAAAAUCCACAAAUAUUAGCAUCAACCGGGCGAUCUCGGUCGACCCAAGCAAGCCUCCAACUUUUCGUAACAACAAUGAAGCUCUCAAGCCCACGGAUGAAACUUCUCGCGCCCAGAAGAAGUAUUCUUUGAAUGUCGAAAACACAAAUAACAGGCUCUUGUCGCGAAGUGAAUGCACGAAGAAUAAUGAUCAAGCCACCAAUGGGACAACUACGGAUUCGAAUGCCGAGUCUAGGAAAGAAAUUAUCAAUACUGAUAAUUCGAUGCAACAGCAGCAGGAGCAACAGCAUCGCGAGGUAACGAGUCCUAAUAUUGUAUCAUCAACAGCUUCACCAUCACCACCUCCUGGCAAUGGUGGCCUGAAUGUGAGGAAUGUGGGUAGCGCUAACAACGACGAUGCCGGUAUCAACAGCAACAAUUCGAACGAAAGUAAUAACGCGACGUCUGGUCAGACGACGAAGAGCACCAGCUCCGAAGUGACAUGUAGCAAAUCGCCGGAUAGUCCGGACUCCAGUUCGAUCACAGUAGAAAAUCCGGUGACGAGCAAGAAUUCAACGGAUCAAGAAAUACCAACCGAUGCUCAGACGUCGUCGGACGCGGUAAAGGCCUCGACACGAGAAUCGGCUGUAAAGCCAGACAACAGUACCGUCGAUGAUUUGACCACUACUGAUGACAAGAAUAAGUUCGCCAAUAAAUCAGAAGCAAGUGAAAUCGCGAAACAGUUGACCUCUGUGCAAAAACAGUUACUAGCAGUUUUUCCUUCAAAUGAAUGGGCAAACAAUCCCAUAGCCGCCGAACAUCUGGGAAACUUUCUCAAGAGUUUGAAUGCCACGAUAAAGAGCGGGGGAUUCGCCGAAGGAUCCAAGACGGGGAAAAUCGAUCAGAAAACUGAGAAAACCAUUGGUAAUAGCGAUAAUGAGAAUCGGUAAUGACAUCUUUCGAAAGAUUUUUCAAGGCAAUUUCGGGCUAUCGUAACGAGUUUUACAAUAUUUCAAAAACUAUACGUCCAGGUAUUGUAAGAUCUACGUGACAACACAGGAUUUUAUAGUUUUGACGAGAAUUUUCAGUUUCUUUUAAGAUCUUAAUUAUUUAUAGAGUGGAAGUUUUAUUGAAUCUUAUCUAAUUGUCUUAUAUACGGGAAGCAGAGGUGAGCAAAAUAUACGAUACGAAAUAUAUGAUACGCCGAGCACAGAUAAACUCUGAGACACUGCCAUAUAAAUCGAAGGAUGCAUAAAAUUAUUUUUAACUGAAAUAUUCACAAUUACUACGAUUCAUGCAGUGUGAGAGAAGAAUCUUACAGAAAAUAACAUUACAUUAUAUGAUACACGUAUAUAUUAUAGAAUACAUGAAAUAUGUAGUGUAAAGAGCAGUAGAUCGAGAAUCUUAUUUUUUCAAAUUUUUGAAGAAUAAUCUCACAAUGGGUACAUUCAGCAGACUCAACUGUUGAGUCCGCUGAAUGCAUUCAUUGAAAUAAUCUACAUUUAUAUAAAGUGAUCUAUACAGACAUUACUACACACAUUACUAGUCUGAAAGCUUGUAACAUUCCAGAAGGAAGAAUCAGUUAUUUUAACUUGAGAAUUUUCUUUAUAUGCAUUCUAAUGCAUAUAAAGAAAAAGAAAACAUUUCUUUCAAUUGAUUAAUUGAAAUAGCUUAUCCCAUAAAUGAGCUACAUCUUAUAUAUUUUUAGGUAAUACUUUCAAAUUUUACUACUAAAAUUGAUUCCAAAUUGAUUGAUUGAAGUAAAACAAUUUUGUCCAAUAACUGUUCAAUUAAUAAUACAUACAGCCCAUCUCUAUAUUCUUAACAUGUCGGGACCAAACUUCCUAUUUUUAAUAUUUUUUCUCGAGUUUUAAUUUAAUGGCAAAAAAUAAAAUUGUCGAAUUUUUUACUCGCUUUUUUCUUCUGAUUAUUAUGGUUAUCUAUGAUUGUAUGAUUAUUGAUUACAUAUGCAUACAGGUAACAAAUAUGAAAUAAGGAAACAACAUAGGAAAAAGUGUUAAGAAUAUGGAGAUUUGACUGUAAGUGACAGUAACAAUUAUAACUGUUUACAGCUAUCUAGAAAGGUAACAAAAAGCCAAAAAUAGUGCGAAAACAAAUUGAAACAAACCGUAUUCGCAUCCAAUAUUUCGCUUUUUUUUUUAAUAGAAAUUUAAAAUCAUCUACACGAUGUACGUCACACAUCCAAUUUUUCUAAUAAAACAUACUAGUUCAUAUCAAGUGCUAGGAAAUUGAAAAUUUCAAGCAUUUUUGAUCUUCCAUUUUAUACUUAUUGUUAGUAUCAUCAGACUCUGGUUAGAAUAUAGGUAUGAAUCUAGAAACAGAUUUAAAAAUAUUAAAAAACAAAAGAUGGCUAUUGCAAAAUUCAAGAAAUAUUUAUGCAACUACAAUUUUGUAGACAAUGCGUUUUAUAUUAUUCUUGUAUACCGUAUAUAAAGCAAAUUUAUGAAGAAUGAAUAUUUCAGAGAAUCUUUCAUAGAAUUGCGAAUUGUUAACAAGUUAACAAUUGUAUUUUAAUGUAUCAAACUUUUUUUAUCUUAUCCAUCUAAAGCUAUCUAUAUUUUAUUAUAUAACAUAUGUCGCACUAAAUCGAAUAUAAAGAUUAACAAUUUAUGAUGCGAAUAUAGGUCUAUAUAUAAUAAUACACAUAUACAUGUAUGUAUACACACACACAUAUAUACACAGAUCUGAACAAUAUUCUUGAAAAAUGAAUUUUUUAAUCAAGAACUAUUGUUAACAUCCUUAUUUCUUAUGUUACGUUUUAUGUAUUAGUAACAUGCGUAAUAUCAAUAUGUUGUAUCAUAAUUGUUGCAUAUGUUAUGCGAUCGCACGUAAUGCGUUUGUAUUAUAUUAAUUAUUGUAUUAUUUUAUAAUUGUAUAUAGCUAUAAUUAUUAUAAUACCAACUAUAGCAAGAGAACGGAACAAGUUCUUGCCUCGAAAAUUCCUGUUACUUUUGAAAUUGGAAGUUAAUUGAGUGUAUUUUCUGUGUUUGAGUAUUAAUUUCGAAGAGAAUUAAGAUCCGUGUAUCAUAA